GUUCUGCUACAAAAUACUUCCCCCAUGAAAUGCGGGGAAGUCCGCUGUUACGCAUCUCUUUACAAACAUUAUGUUUUGUGAUAAUAGGUAGGUUUUUUUGUAUCACGUAGUUUUAAAAUGAAUUCAGAAGUUUCUGAGAAAGCUGCUUCUCGUCAGCUGAGACGGUCAACAAGACAGUCUUUAUCAGCCAAUGCGAAAGCGGUGAAUUUUGAGCCAACUCCUAGAGGUCCUCUAAAGAGAACAAAAAAGUCUUCAAAGUCCCCACCUGAAGUUCCGUCCUCAAAUGGAACCAACAACAAUGACUCAGACGAGGAAGGCGUCCCCAAUAAGAAGACUCGCCUACAGACAAGUGAUAAUUUGAGUAGUGGACAUGGUAGUGCCCCUCCAAAGGAUGUGCUGGAGCCAAUGGAAACACAGAAUGAAAGUAUAGGAUUGGAAGGACAUGUAAAGACUCCAAUUCAAUAUCCACCUCUUUCACACAAUCCCCCAGUUCCAGGUCCUUUUGGAGAUGUCAACUUAAAGCCUUUAGUCGUGCUUGGUCAGCGCUGCCCAGUGAGUCAUCCUGAAAGUGAAAAUGUCAUUAAAAGCCAAGUGGCACAACCAAAGAAAAAUGCUGUAUCUCCAUCAAAGAGCACACAGAUUCCUCCAAAAAGGACAUCUGAUGCAUGCUGUGUCACAGUCACUAGCAUGGCAGACUACAAGAGGAAGAUGGAGGCCAAAAUCACAGAAAACCCAAAAGUAAACCACUAUGUCACAAACAAUUAUCCAGUAUCUGUAACCACAACACGACAGCGCACUGUUUCAACCCCAAAAUCAAGUGUGCCCGAGAGAAAAACAGAAAAAAAGAAAACUACUGUUUCCCCUCAGAGCUCACAUGUUCCAUCAAAAGGUUUCUUACGUUAUUUGUGGCAGCUGAUCCUUUUGAUGCUGUUGAGUGCUGGAAUUUUCCUGUCAUUCAAACACCUCCAUACUCUUCAGAGAACUAAAGAUGGUAGUGCGCCUUCAUCCAGGUCUGUAAACUCAGGGCUCUUUGUUGAAGAAAUGUCCCAAGUGGCGAUGCGCUUCCCUGUUCAACACACUGAGCUGUGGAGGAGGAGCCAAAUCCACCUUCAGAAGCACCUGGACACACCUCACCCCACAGAGCCCGUCAGUCUUGUCCUCACUGCAGGACUGAAGGCCAAGAAGACGUUACACUGCCUGGCUCUCAAUAUAGCCUCCGCCUUCUCCUCUGCAGUUAAUACAUCUGUUGUUGUCAUUGAUGGAGAAAGCCAAGCCAACCUGGAUAGUGACCAGGUUAAAAUGAAUAUCGACAGCCAAUUGAAGGAAGCAUUUGGAAGUGACAAACUUGCAGCUGUAGUUCACCGUUUUGAACUGUUGCCCCCUGGCUCAACACUUAUCUUCUAUCGGUACUGUGACCACGAGACGGCUGCUUACAAACGAGCUUUCUUACUGUUCACCGUGCUGCUCUCAGUGGAGGACCUAAGCACUCAGCAAAGUCUGAAAGAAGUGGAGGAGAUGGUGCGGGAUCAUGUGGAAGAAAGAUUUGUGGGGAAUGAAACCGCAUUCAAUGAAAUGGAUGCUGACAAGUUCAGUGGAUUGUGGAGUCGCAUUGCACAUCUGAUCCUACCUGUGGUUUAUGAAAAUGAAACGGAGCAGAGGGGGUGUUGACCCAAAUCAAACAAUAUAGGCACUUGCAUUUUGAUCAUUUUUGUUUAAUUCCUUGGUUGGCUGUAUUAACCAUUGUCAUUACUACUUUAAGAGUGUUUACAAUAAAUUGUAUUGAUAUGAAAUUUUAAUGUUAUUCCAUUGUGUUUUCCAGUAAGUUUAGUUUUGCACUGUGGUUUACUUUUUAGAUUUCCAGAUUUUACUCAAUUUCACUGCUUGAAGCAUACCAAUAUUCCUGAGUGUUGUAUAUUGAGAUUCCUUGGGUAUAUUAAGUCUGAGUUGAUUUUAAAAAAUAUUUGUUUUUGGCUAAUUGUGUGUGAAAUUCACUAAAAGUGCCUUAAGUGUGUAUAUAGUUGAGGUGUUGAUAU